CCGGGAGACGCCAUCUUCGUCUUUCUACUCGGCGAUCAUAUCCUCUGUCCGCCACCGAUGGUAGAGCUGUAAAUAUGCAGUAAAGUCCUGCCCCUGCGAGGAGAACAACGGAAGAGGGGACAGAUGAGGCUUCUGGAGUUCGUUCCCUGCGGCCGUCCAGCCGCGCUACCGGAGGACUCUCCGCCGAGAACGCGGCGGACGGAGGAGAACGCGGAGGCACCGCCGCUCUCCCCGACGACCUGCGCCUACCCUGAUAAGCGCCGGCGGAGACCCUCCCACGGGACGGCUUCGCCAUCAUGGCGGCCGUCGCUCGUCGCGAUCUCCGAGGACGGCCCCCAGGCUGCGAUGGCGCCGGUGGCUGCGAAGGGUGGGAGUGGGGGCGGUGCAUCGCGGACGAGGAGUGCCAAAUCAACGGGGAGGAUUCUCCCUCGCAAGGAGCGAGGCGACUACUGGCACCAUGGAGUUUCCACAGUCGUGCCUGCAUUGGCUCCGACUCCCUUCUUGUUCUGAAGCUCUCCACCAGUCUGUGCGAAGAUUUAGAAGCAAGAAGUAUCAUGCCAUGUUGACGACGAUGGAAAAUUGUGAUUUUAUCUAUUGUUUCACAGUAGUUGCAAAUUUAUAGUCCUCCUGUACAUUGUUCCAUUGUUUUAAAAGCCUAUUUUUAUUUAUCUAUUUGCUUAUCAUGUAAUGUUGCUGGGAAUUCCUUGACGGCAUGCAUGAUUUCAAACCCUUCAGUUCAGACGGCAGCAUGGCUCGAGGGAGAUGGAGAGUACUGCAGAAUGAAGAUUUAAUUAUUUUCAA